AGUUGAAUCGUUGCAUGACCGAUACACAUAACGCUAAUGCUUGCGUAAGGAGAGAUCACUGCAAAUAAUUUCCAACAAAUAACGUGAAGUAGCGUAGUUAGCUCUAGUGAGUUGGCUUGAAAGAAAGAAUGUUGCUGUCUUCGUUACGGACUGUGGCACUGCGUGGCUGCAAAAAUGCUGGGAAAGGAUUUCAACACAGCAAUAGGAUCCCCCCGAUGCGACAAUGGUUGAUGAGGAGAGGACAGAGCACCAUCACAGCCGAGGUGGGGGCGACCACGGCGACAGCGGCAACUACAGUGCCCAAUGCAGCCACAAACAGGAUCCUCGGCCGGUGGUUGCUCGGUUGUAGCGGACUGGUAGUCGGGGCAGUGGUGUUGGGCGGUGUCACAAGGUUGACGGAGUCAGGUCUGUCCAUGGUUGACUGGCACCUGGUGAAAGAGAUGAAGCCUCCACAGACGCAGGCGGAGUGGGAGGCAGAGUUUGCUAAGUACCAGCAAUUCCCAGAGUUUAAGAUAAUGAACCACAACAUGACACUGCCAGAGUUCAAGUUCAUCUUCUUCAUGGAGUGGGGCCACAGGAUGUGGGGGCGUAUGGUGGGCUUGGCCUACGUCCUGCCCACCAUCUACUUCUGGAAGAAAGGCUACCUCAACAGGUCCAUGAAGGGACGGGUGGUGGGCCUCUGUGGCUUUGUCUUCUUCCAGGGUCUCCUAGGAUGGUACAUGGUGAAAAGCGGCCUGGAGGAGAAGCCAGAGUCGUAUGACAUCCCGAGGGUCAGUCAGUACCGCCUGUCAGCCCACCUGGGCUCGGCUCUGCUGUUGUACUGUGCCAGCCUCUGGACCGGACUGACUCUGCUGCUGCCUGCUCACAAGCUGGCUAACACCCAACGUUUGACUCAGCUAAGAAGGUUUGCCAAGGGAACAGGAGGACUUGUCUUCCUGACUGCUCUCUCAGGUGCGUUUGUGGCGGGGCUGGAUGCAGGGCUGGUCUACAACUCCUUCCCCAAGAUGGGAGAGCGCUGGGUCCCUGAUGACCUGCUGGCCUUCUCCCCCACCCUCAAGAACUUCUUUGAGAACCCCACCACGGUCCAGUUUGACCACCGGGUGCUGGCCAUCUCCUCCCUCUCAGCCAUCACAGGUCUCUACUUGUUCUCCAGGAACAUGAGACUACCCCGGAGGGCUAAGAUCGCCAUCAGCCUGCUAACAGCCAUGGCCUAUGGACAGGUUGCCCUGGGCAUCAGCACCCUGCUGCUGUAUGUGCCCACCCCCCUGGCAGCUACCCACCAAUCAGGCUCUGUCGCCCUCCUCUCGCUCGCCAUCUGGGUCCUGGCAGAACUGAGGAAGGUGCCCAAGUAGAAAGACCCUCCAUGACGAGGCCCCAACGAGAUCCUGACCACCAGCCCUCUUCAGCCCCCCCCACCGCUAGGAGGAGGAGGAGGAGGGAGAGAGAGAGAGAGAGAGAGCAGAAUGUGCAAUGAGCACUUCACAGAUGGAUGGUUUGGAAAUGGUUAGGUUGGUAUUGUUAGGGAAAAAAGAGAGACGGGGGAAGGGAGGCAGGAGUGAGGGUGAGAAGAGCUUGGAAGUGUGCCGCAAUAAUGAGUCAUUGUGAUGAAGUAUUGAUUUAUUUUCAAAUUGCUAAAUAUUUUGGGUCUAACCUUGCAAGGUUGCUCAUUCCACAGCUUGUUGAGACAAUGGGGGAUACCUACUUAAACAUAUUUGACCUAGAUGGUUGUCUUCUUAGUGGUGGGCUCUUUCUGCAGUCGUUUUUCCAAUGUGGCAACAUGGUGAUUUGUGUUAAUGCACUUAGCCAACAACAUGCAAGAUCAAUAUAGCAAACAUACAUAUAUCACACAAUAUAGUCAUUUUAAAACCUCUAGGCACAUCAUAGUUUUUACUUACUAAAUUACACUUUAUCUUCCAACCUGAAACAUGAGAAUUAAUUAUUUGUGUAGCUUGAAUGCACAUUUCAUUCCAGUUGAAGUAUGUGUAUAAGUUUUGGUCUGUGUGCCUUUCUCUCUGUAAAUACGGUGUUAUGGGUUUCUACUGCUCAUUGCAGGUUGUGUUCUUUUGUUGUGGGUGAGGAGUGGACCUUGGUGGUGGUGGGAGGUCAUGGUGCUGGAGGUCAGGGGUCAGGGGAGGUCAGGGUGGAGAAGUGCAGCUUCAGGGUGCACUUAACAUGCGUACAUAUGUCAAUAGUUAAAUUAUUAUGAAUGUUGCUUUUUGUAAAACUGUAAUGCAAUAACACUGUGUGACAAUAAAUGAUAAAGAAACAAAA